CCGUCAUUCAAUCUCCUAUCAGCUGUCCGACAGAAAGGAAGCUAUUCUCUGUUUGUCUUCCAGAUUGGUGCCGGCUGUGCCUGUGUUUUUACUUUUUUAAUAACGUUUAAAUACGCUUUUUGUUUUGCAUUACAGUCAGUCGAAUGCCUCCGUUACUAUUACUUGCUAAUUGAUAAGGGUGAAGUUUUAACGAUAGAUUGAGUCAUACUAGGAGAUGUGUUUUGGUGUACUGUUAUACACAUAGCAGAUUUUUCAACUCGAACAUGAACACCAAAGAAACUCAUUCUCUGAUAUUGGGGUUGCUCGUCAUUUGUCUAAUGACGGCUCAAAUCAGUGCCAAAUAUGAAUACCAAAUCAAGUAUCUGGAUGUUCCGUUGGACCAUUUUACGUAUGUGAACGAAAGUGUCACAUUUAAAAUGAGAUACCUGGUCAAUGACACCUACAAUCCGGAUGGGAAAGGCCCCAUCCUGUUCUACACUGGUAACGAGGGUGAUAUCGAAAACUUUGCCCAGAACACCGGAUUCAUGUGGGACAUUGCGCCCAAGUUGAAAGCGUCGCUCGUUUUUGCGGAACAUCGCUUCUACGGCAAAACGCUUCCAUUUGGGAACGCUUCCUACGAAUCUCCGAAGCAUCUGGGGUACCUCAGUUCGGAACAGGCGUUGGCGGAUUUCGCCGAUCUGCUGGCGGAGAUUAAUCCUUCCAAUCGGUCAACCCGUGGUCGACCGGUAAUUGCCUUCGGUGGUUCUUACGGGGGAAUGUUGGCCGCGUGGUUCCGCAUGAAGUAUCCGCAUCUGGUUACCGGUGCCAUCGCGUCCUCUGCUCCGAUUCGUCAGUUCGACACUGAUUGCGGCGUGUUCAGUCAGAUUUUAACAUCGGUUUUUAGCGUUGCGUAUACCAGGGAAUGUUCAUUGAAUAUUGCCAGAUCGUGGGAUACUCUGAAGAACUACUCCUCGACUGCUGACGGCUUGAAAACGUUGAAGGACAAGUUCAAGUUCUGUGGGAACAUCACCAAGGCAGAGGAUAUCACCGAGACAUUCUUCGAUUACCUCACAGAUGUUUAUGGAAACUUGGCCAUGAUAAACUACCCGUACAAUUCUAGUUUCCUGGCACCGGUUCCGGCGUAUCCGGUGAGGGAAUUUUGCGGUCGAUUGGCUCAGAACUUCACCGGGCUCGAAUUAAUUGGCCGUCUGCAGGAGGCGUUGAGUAUCUACUCGAAUUACACCGGUAAGACCAAGUGCCUGAACAUCGCGAAUGCCUACGAUGACAAUAUGGGAACAUCCGGAUGGGAUUUCCAAUCGUGCACGGAAAUGUGGAUGCCAAUGUGCUCCGAGGGAUCCGGAAAAGACAUGUUCCCGAAGAAGGCUUGGGACGAGAAGAAGUUCUCAGACGAUUGUUUCAAAAAGUUUGGUGUACGACCGAAGAAGACUGUCGCGUUGACUACGUAUGGUGGAUUGUAUUUGGAUGGAGCAUCGAACAUCGUGUUCAGCAAUGGGCUUAUGGAUCCGUGGUCUGGAGGUGGUGUCCUGCAGUCGCCAAACAACGCCAUCAAAGUGGUGUUGAUACCCGAAGGUGCCCAUCACAUUGAUUUGCGUGCAGCGGAUGAGAAUGACCCCGGCUCGGUGCGAGGAGCGCGUCAAGUGCAUCUGCAAAAUAUUCAGAUGUGGAUCAAGCAGUACCGUAAAAUGAUGGGCUAGAAUGACGGAACAUUAGUGCUUCCUGUACGAAGUGUUUUGGUUGAAAUUUCUUGGACUGUCAAUUUGUACUGCAUAUAAAAACAUUUUAUUUCAAUAAUAAAAAUCUAUUCUUCAUUAAAAA